AUGGAUGCUGCCAGUCUUGCCAUUAGUAUCGCGGCCCUCUACACCACAUGUCGUGACUGUUAUAAUUUCUUCACGACUAUGAAAACAGCAGAGGCAGAAUCUUCGGCCCACCUGCGCGAAUUGGAGAUUCAGCAGUCAAUCCUCAAAGCCUGGGGCUUCCAUUGGCAGAUCCAAGGCGAAGAUAGCAGCGAAUCGACACACUCAAAUUACUUCAGACGAAAAAGGAAUAAACUUCACGGGUACCUCUUGAGCAAUCCAUACAAGGCCGAAGGCGUCUUAAACAUUCUCUCUGCUCUUGCUGAUACACUGUCUAACCAGGAAAAACUGAUGAAGCGCUACGGCAUUCAGUUCCGGCUAUUACAGGCCGCCUAG